AUGACGACCCUCGGAGAGAACGAGCUCGACGGUACUCAGGAAAUUACUGAAGAUUACGAUGAUCCACUGCAAGAAGGACCAAGUCAAAGUGCUGAGAGAUCUAUUAAGCCUAUCAAACCACCUCGAAAGAAGACGCCGAGCGCUUGCGAACGAUGUCGAGAAAAAAGAGUCAAAGUAUGA